AUGGAUGAACCUGGAAGCGAGCGCCAAGGUCAGGUGGAGGUGUACAUCACCGUCAUCGCGCUAUCACCUGCAUGGGGCGGAGAUUGGAGACCAUCACAGGUCCCAGCGAUAAAUGGCGCCAAAGACAAUGCCCAGAUUUAUGAUAUAAAAGCCGAGAUCCGUGCUUCCCACCGCAGCGUUUCCCAUCGCACCCGUGUUCCAACCCAUGUCGGGAACCUUUGUGACGAAGAAAGAGUCGGCGGACGGCCCAGUCAAUUGUCGGUGGACGAAUUGGAUUAG